ACCAGUUCUUUACAAUUGAUAUGUAAAUCUCUCAUUUCAUGUUCAAUUUUCUCUUCACAGAUUAUGCGUAUGAACGAUCCAAGGGUAUCUUAAAAUAGACACCAUGAAUGUUGUUAAGAUAUUGACAGUCUCGCGACAUACUUGCGAAACUCUUGACAUGUUUUGAUCAGUGAGUUGAUAAUAUAAUAGAGACUAGAUUAGUCAGUAAGGACCCUUGUUGAAUAUGCGCCUAUUGCGAAGACGGGAAUUCAAAUUCUUCCUCUUCGUUUCAUUUGUUGUAGUAUUAAUCAAUGAAAAUCUAAUUUACAAAAUACAGUCCUAUAGAUGGCCAGAAUUUCCUCAUAUUACAAGGAGUUUAGACAAGGAGCAGGUUGCAUUGUUGAUAGCUGACCCUCAGCUGCAAGGUUGGCAGGAUGAGCAUGUGUUUCCUUUUGGUAACAUAGCCCGCUGGGACAUUGACAGAUACCUUUGGAAGACAUUUUCCUACGCACUGGAGUACAGCAAGCCAGAUAUCAUCAUCUUCCUUGGGGAUAUUUUUGAUGAGGGCAGUAAGGCGUCAGACAGUGAAUAUGCUGCCACCCUAGCGAGGCUGAGAGGCAUCUUUCCCCAAACCUCUUAUAUCAAGACAAUCUAUAUUCCUGGAGACAAUGAUAUUGGUGGGGAAGGACGGGACUUUGUUCAUGCCUGGAAGUCAGAUCGAUAUGAAGAACACUUUGGCAAUAUCUCAGAUGUCAUCAGAUUUGGAUUUGUAGAUUACGCUAAGUUAAAUGUUCCAUCUUACACUAUGUCGGACAAGACGUUAAAGGCAGCAACUGAAGUCCAGGAGAGAUUAUCAGCACCUUUACGGGUGAUGCUGAACCACCAUCUGGUCACUGUUGAAGCUAAGCACUACAUAUAUCCGGUUCUGAAGAGAUUGAGACCAAACCUUAUUCUCUCAGCACACUCACAUCAUGCGUCAUUGAUCAGCUGUAGGGACUGUCUCCAUGACAAUGACUGGAGCUGGGAGCGGCAAUUCCAGAACCUACAGUUCCUUGACUCCUACGUGCACCUGAACCUCAACCAAUCCAACUCAAUGCACGAGAUUGUCGUGCCGACAUGCAGCUACAGGAUGGGAGUCAGCGAUAUGGGCUUUGGGCUGGCUAUCAUUGGUUCUGAGGGCGUCGUGGACUACACGACUCUCUGGCUGCCUCGGAGGUACACAAUGCUGAUUGGGUACGUCAUCUACAUGGGCAUCAGCGGGGCUGUCCUCAGUGUGCUGUUUUUCUCACAACGCAGAUAGCAAUCAAAGGUGGAUAAACAGAUUUGAUAAACAUUCCUAAACAACUAUACAUUCCUAGAAAGCCAGAUUCCCGACCUGUUACAACAAUAUUACAUAAAAGCUCUCAGUUGAAUAUUGACUGGAGUUAUUUUCAAAUUUCAUUAUGCUUAUAAAUUGUAUAAUAUUAAACUUUGUUCUUGGGCAAAUUUUAAUAGAAUAACAUUUUAUUUGUAACUAUAGAUAUUUUUUAUUAAAAUAUGCUUGUAUUAAUUAUAUUUGGGGCGUUAUAUUUGUACUGUUAUAACAUGCUCCCUUAAAUUAUUCCCUGUUUCUCUAUCAAAUCUGUUUGUCCACCCCUAGAACCUAGAGGUUGGUGGGGGCAGGGGCAAUCUCAUAUCAACUACACAACACCUAAGUUUGAGAUCUUUAAUUAAUAGUGGUGAAUGGUUUUGCAGAUUGUUUAUAUCUAUUUGGUGUUGGUUUAUUUGUGGCAUAUUUUUUAUUAUUAAUGAUUGAAUGAUGUGCCUUUUUGACAAGUGUUUUUCUUACAAUGCAGGUGUUAUUAUUCUGGUUAUACAUGUAUAAUAUGUGCAAUCAAAACAUUUAUAGAUGUUUAAUUGUAUUUGUAGACUGACAAUAAAAUGAGCAUUAUAUUUUUAUAAUAGUUAGUUUUUUUAGUCAUUUUUAUAUAUGACAGGAAUAUAUUCAUGUACUUGUAAAAUAUGUUAUUUGGACUUUACCAGACAUAUAGAGGUGAAGAUUUGCGCCUCUGUUCAUGUGUUUUCCUGAUUUUAUUAUCACAAUCAUAUAAAAGGUUGAUUGAUUUUCUUUCUUAUUUCAAUUCAAAAAGGUUCUUCAAAGACUUAAAUUGAUAGUAGUUGAAAUAAAUUUCAUGUACGUUGAGGCCAUAACAAAUUGAUAUUUCAUUCUACAGAUUUACCACAACGUUUUUCAUAAAAUACGGGUCUCUUACCGGUAAUUAUAAUUUUUAAGCGACUUAUUGUUUUCCUAUUAUCCCCAAAAAUUUUUGAAAAGAAUGCAUGCUUAUGAAGCCAUGUUGUUACUAUUCAUAAGAUUAAAUUGUAUGUAGUUUUUCAUGACAUUUUUUUUGACAAAUUCAUACAAACACCAAUCCAUUACACAACUACUCAAAAAUCAUCUUGUUUGACAUAUGAAAUGACAUCAUCCACUAAGUGUUAGUGGUAAAUUGAUAUGUUUUUACUAUUAGUUUACAUUCUUUGUAUUUCUUGUAAAGUUUGAUUUUAUUUAUGUUUAGCCAGGCAAAUGUUUCUCUAUCUUGAUGUUAUGUUUUGUGUAUUCAUAUUUUUUAAACAAAACAAAUAUUAGGAGGUGAUUUAAGCUAUAUCAUAACUGAACCUGAAAUCCUCUGUUACUGUCUGUAUGGUACGCUGUAAUUUUUAAACAUGUAUAUGGUACACGAGAGGCUACUACACCCUACACAGCACAAAAAACAGUCAGUAUUCAGUCUUCCAUAUUAGAUUGAUGUUGAAUAUACAUGCAAAAUUGUUAUGUUUACAAAUAUGAUAAGAUUCAAAAUUUAUUUACAAAACAUCCAGAAGCAUAUAGUGUUUUUAGGUGAUUCAAUGCAUAUAUAUUACAAAACUAAGAACUACAAUUGUCAGAAUUUCAAUUUUGAGCAGUUUUAUUGAAGAAAACUCUCAACUGCUAAAUAAGGCAGUAAGAGAAAAGUGCAAUCUAAGAUUCUCUGAAACUUAUGACAUGUUGAAAAUACAUAGUUUACUUAUAAUAUUUCGUUAAUUUCUACUUGAUUGUAAUCCUAAUCAUAGUGUUCAUGUCCCAAGUAUACAUAAGAAUGCUGAUGUAGCUGUUGGUACCGUGGCUGCUAUAUGUGAUACUCUCUCAGUGUUGUGAAAUAUUUAUUCUGUAUAUAUUACAUCUUGUUUCACAUCAAAUAUUAAAAGUACAUUACGGCCGAUAUGUUUAUCAUUGUUUUUAUUGUAAAGGUUGUUUUAUAAUAAAAACCUAUAACAUGAAAGAAAGAAAAUAUUUUGCUGCCAUGAAGGAAAACUUCUAUAUUAAUGUAUAUUUUAGUGUUCUAAAAUUUGUAUGCUAAUUUCAGUCUUUCAUAUAUUCGUACCAGUAUUGUAAACCCUGGUUGUGAAUGCGUGUUGUGAACAUAGAUAUUUCUGAUCUACAACCUGAUCAAUUUUAUUUUUGAUUUAUCAAAUUUUGUUGAGAGUUAAAUGUUGAUGCCUGGUGACCACAUACAAUUUGGAUAUCAUUAAGUUUGAUAGUUAUUUGCUUAUUGAUUACAAAUAUGUAAAAUGAAUGACCGAAAGUACACUUUAUAAAGUUAUUAUAGUUUAUUUAUUUGGUCUUUAUUUCAAAUCAGAUCGGUCAUAAAUGACACAUUUUGCAAUCUUUGAAGGCCAUUAAUACUUGUUUGCUAUAUAAUUAUCAGUACUUUUUACAUAAAACUUUUCCAAAUGAUACCUAAAAAUAUGGGAUCACCAAGCACCUCCCAUUCCCAUAUUGCACACACAUAUGCACGCACGCACGCACGCACGCACGCACGCACGCACGCACACGCACACACACACACACGCACACACGCACGCACGCACGCACGCACACACGCACGCACACACACACGCACACACACACGCACGCACGCACACACGCACACACACACACACACACAUCUCAUAAUGUAUGGGGUCACCAAGCACCAACUCCCAUAUUAGUUGGUCGGAUACCUUAAGUACUACACAGUAACUGUCGUAUACAUUUUAGUUUCACAUGCAUUCCAUAAAAGCAAUGGACGUAUUCUUACUUUGCUUUAAUAAAUGAGAGUUAAACUGAA